GCAGCCUCCAACUAUGUUUCUCCCUUCAUUACGGCGCUGUGCGCCUGGAUUCUGGUCCAAGACCAGCAAGGAGUUUCAAAGGGCCACAAAAUUCGCCCUCAACCUGGAAGGUCUCCAUUUACCUGUCGCUCCUUAUCCUAUCUUCGAUUUUGCAGACCCUGAAGCAAUCUCCACCUUAAAGACCAUGUCCGAUCGCUCUGUCGGCGGAUUUUCGACUGCGGACUUAACCCAAAAGCCUGCCGAUCCAUCGUCGGACCCCUCUUCACCCGCUCACGUUUUGUUCCAUGGCAACAUCUCCACGAAAUUACCCACAGAUAGACCGGAUAUUGUACGGACGGGCUACGCGGCGUGGCGGAACAUUGACCGCGGACGAACACUGUUUGGCGAAUUGUUCUGGGACGUCGACUCGUACAUGUAUUUGGCCUUACGGGUAAAGAGUGACGGGAGGAAGUAUUUUGUCAAUAUUCAAACAGAUUCGAUUGUCGAGUCAGACAUACAUCAGCACCGACUGUACACAAAGUAUCACAAGGGAGCAAACGGGCCUGACGAUCCGGGCCAGUGGGAGACGGUUUGGAUCAAACUACACGAGUUUGUGAGGACGAAUCAUGGCGUGGUGACCGAACCACAAUCAGAAAUGCUACGCCAGAAGGUCAAGAGCUUCGGUAUAGGACUCACGGAUCGGCAGGCCGGUCCGUUUGAAUUGCGGGUGGCAGCGUUAUGGGCCACAAACUUGAACGAACGGGGUCAGGUGGACGGCCGAACAGGCUGGGAAGAGGGGGAUCAGGGCAGUGCUCGACUGCAUGAAGUGACAGAAGAAAAACUGGCGCAGAAGAUGGAAGAGAAGCGAAAGAUUCCAAAAGUAAAGAGGAGUUUCAGUGAAAGAGUACCUCAUUUCGGCAAGGUCGGGACGAACGACUACUCGGCGGUGCGAUAACACCCGGACUGUGGCCAUCACCAUGUCCAUCACAACAAUUGCUACAACCACCUGUACAAUAUCAUGCCCGUCAUAUCGGGGGAACGACUAUUUGCAUAAGCACGAAAUUCUGGCUGCAUGGGAUAAGAAUAAUAAGCAUACCUAUUCGUAUGCAUACAUUAGUGCCAAGUGCGCUAGCCUCCACUAGCUUAUAAUGCGCCCUAGGGCCCUCAC